AUGUCAAAACCCUUGCAAACCCUAUUUACAUUAUCCAUCAUCCUCAUAACAUCAUGUUAUGCUGAUAUUUCCAACACAUCAACACUAUGUCCUCCUUCUUUUUGUGGCAAUAUUUCCAUUCAAUACCCUUUUUGGAUUAAGUCUCACACAAUCAAUCCUAGUGAUCAAUUAUGUGGUUAUCCUGAUUUUGGCCUUGAAUGCUCUCAAGACAAAGCCAUAAUCACUCUUCCAAGUGACACAUAUUAUGUGACAAAUAUAGACUAUGAUACUUAUUCAAUUACCCUUGUUGACAUAGAUAUAUUAGAUCAAAAAUGUCCUAGAGCAAGAAAAAAUGUUACACUUUCAAAUCUUCCAUUGUCUUUUAGCUCAUUAGAUUUGAAUCUUAGUUUCUAUUUCAAUUGUAGUUCUUACCCUUUAUCAUUAGACCCUAUAGGGUGCUUUGAACUUAGUAAUGAUGAAAAAUUGAAGUCUUAUGUGAUUUUGGCUAGUGAUGAAGGUGAAAUUGGCUAUGAUAAUUGGAAGUGUGAGGAACAUGUUAAUGUGAUUGUGAAGAGUGAUGAGUUAAAUGAUGUUGUUGGUGGUUUGAUAAAUGGAUUUGGUUCAGCUAUGAAAAAAGGGUUUGUGCUUAAUUGGAGAAAAGCUGAGGAUUGUGCUCAGUGUGAGAUCUCUGGUGGUUAUUGUGGAUAUAAUCAAAGCACUAAGAAAUCUACAUGUAUAUGUGGAAAUGGUAGUGUUGUUGCUAAAAGUUGCAAAAAAGUUGACUAG